UCGCACGUAAGUGAGAGUUCACUCGCACUUUGAUUAAGUGACAAGCUUGUCCAUAUAUAGUGCGGGCGUGACGAUUGAGUGUUGGCCGCACCAGGGUACUUAUCGUUGGACAACUUUAUUUACGACGGUCUACACGUCUGUAUGUGUCGUUUGUGUGUCCGUGAUGUGUAGGGAGCGUAAUGUCGUCGAGACCUUCGACAAGCGUCAGCAUGAGUCCCGGGACGCACAUGCACUUGAGUCCCGAGAAGCAUAUGCGCUUGGCAAAACCGUUUUCACCUUGUGCGACAUCGGUGCGGCAUCAUGACGGUCAAACGUGGAUCGACGAAGCAGCCAAGGAGGACUUCGACGAGGACCCAUGGAUGACCGCCGUCCCGUACAUGAACCUGCAUCUCGACGAAUGGAACGAUAAUGAUUGGAAGGCGAUAGAGCGUGCCUGCCCUUGGGCAAGCCAUUACAAGUUUGCCAACAUGUUAGAGUUCGGGAGCCUUAUUGCACUGCCUGAUGGUGUCCUCCAGCGAAAGACCCUGGACGAUAAGGGUAAACCGAUCAGCUACCGUACCAGCUUCAGAAGUCGCCUUUGCUGCGAGUACAUCACAUCUUCGUCACGAACUUGGGGAAGUUCGCAGAAGCAAGAGUUGGUGGACUGCGCUCGUCAUUGUUCAUUCUUGAAACACUACCCACCCCGUUGCCCAUGGACUUCUCCACAAGCUCUAUCGUAUUGUUGUGUGCGGUUGACGGAUAACGGAUGUUCUUUCGCCAGAGUGCUUUGUGUGGCUUCUUCAAGCAAAAGUAGAAAACUUGUGGAUGCGGUUGUGCUUGUGUCACGCAACGAGAUGGUGCUUCAGGGAUCCAAGUUCAAGGCGGUCAUGUCUCGCCCAGAUAUAGAUGGGCGGUCAGACUUAGUGAGAGCAGGUCAUGUAAGAGUUUUUUUGUCAUUGUGGCAUGAGGUGGAAGAGAAAAUGUCUGAAAUACGUGACUGUAUAAGGAAUUCCUUAGCACGACGAGGAGGGUUUGUCAGGAUGAAAUACAUGUCCGUGUUUUCGGAGACUGCAACGGUCCACGAACCGCAGAGCCACGUAUAUGGAUCAUCUAUGAUUGCCAUGUAUGGCUUCGGUUCACGACCUCGUCCACGAGAAACCUUACAUGUCACAAGGUCCGGACGGGUUGUCAUCCUUGUGUUCAAGGGAAAACAUAUUGUGUGCGGUUGACUGAUGACGGGUGUCCUUUCGCGAGAGUGCUAUGUGUGACUUCUUCAAACAAAAGUAGAAAACUCGU